AUGAAGCUAAACUCCAGCGACAUAAAGGGGAUUAGAGAAUUGUUCAGGCUAAGGGCAGGAUGAAAUCACACAAAUGCAUGCCAGUAUAUUAGGCAUCAGGCAAAUAGCAUGGAAUGUGAGUAUUGCAGAUGACAUAAUCAGGAUGUGAAGCAUCUUAUUGAAGAUGCCCCAAAUUCAACAAUUAAAGAACUGAUUUAUUGAUCAAACUGAAAAACUUAA